CAGCAGCAGUGAUGGCCGGCGUGUGUUUGAUACUUGCUACAUGUUUCCUCCUACCUGUCCUCUCCCUGGCCACCCUCGAGGACUGGUCCUUUGAUAAUGCUCCAGGGAUCGCCAUGGAGUACAAGAUCCACUUAGAUGCGGGUAAAGAAGACUGUUACUACCAGUAUGUUCACCCUGGAGCUACCCUUUAUAUCAACGUGCAGGUGUUGAAAGGUGGUGAUGGAAUGGCUGGCGUUGCUGUGCGAAACCCCAAAGGAGAAAUUGUUCACCCUUAUACAUGGAAGAAAUCAGCAGAAUAUGAAGAGGUUUCCCAGACUGGUGGUUACUAUGGUGUUUGCAUUGAUAAUCAAUUUUCACGCUUUGCUGCGAAGCUAAUCAAUUUUUAUAUGACAACAUUUAGGUAUGACCUUUGGGAGAAGUUUAACAAAGAACUGGAGGAUAUGGAUAUAAGUCAUUUAUCUUUCACAGUAAGUCACACUUGUUCAAUUAGCAAUUCUUCUUUGGGUGGGAUGAUUGCCAUCAAGUGUGCAAUGGCACGGCCACAAUUCUUUACUGGUGUGGUGCUCAUGGGUCCUCUCAUCAAAGUCAACUUCUGCUGA